AUGUUCGCCAACUUGAAAGCUUUUAUUAAACACGGGCGCCAGGCAAAGGAAACCUCACCUCAUUCGCCCCAUACUUCUUUCACCAGUGACAUGACUUCUUCUUUGCCUUCGGGCCCUUCAACGUUGACGCCCAGAAGCUCCGUCGAUGAACGGAUCCAGAAAAAGGGCGCCAACGAGGAAUACCACACCCACAAAGAUGCACACUUCGAGACACCGGCACAGCACCAGACCCAGGUCGGGACCCCGACGCAAGUCCUGAACGACAAGCAGGAUCACCAUCAGGACCAGAACUACAACCACAAUGCCAUGCAGAUUCCACAACACAAAAAGAGCGGCAGCUUCCCCAAUUUGGAGCGCUACGUUGUCGAGGAGAAAAUGGGCGAGGGCGCCUUUUCUGUGGUUUACAAAGCACGCGAGCGUGCUUCGGGCAAGCUGGUGGCCAUCAAAGUUCUCCGCAAGUACCAGAUGGACACGGCUCAGCAACAUGCGGUUUUGAAGGAGGUGACCAUCAUGCGCCAGCUCAACCAUCCGAACGUUGUGCGCUUCAUCGAGUUCAUUGAGAGCGAGCCUUACUACUACAUUGUGCAAGAGUUGGUUUGCGGUGGCGAGAUUUUCGCUGCCAUUGUCAACUACACAUAUCUCAGCGAAAACUUGUCGCGCCAUGUGAUUUACCAGGUUGCCCAGGCGGUGCGGUACUUGCACGAGGAAGUUGGCAUUGUCCACCGUGACAUCAAGCCCGAAAACCUCUUGUUUGAGCCCAUCGAGUUCCGGCCCCUGCUCAAUCCGAUUGCAAAGCUCCGCCGGUCGGAUGACCCAAACACGAAAAAGGACGAGGGCGAGUACAUUCCGGGCGUGGGCGCAGGCACUAUCGGCAUGGUUAAAUUGGCUGACUUUGGUCUUUCCAAGCAGAUAUGGGAGCGCAAUACAAAGACACCUUGUGGCACUGUCGGUUACACUGCUCCGGAAAUUGUUCGUGACGAGCGCUACUCGAAAGAAGUGGACAUGUGGGCUAUUGGCUGUGUUUUGUACACGCUUUUAUGUGGGUUCCCACCAUUUUACGACGAACGUAUUGAAGCCUUGACGGAAAAAGUUGCUCGCGGCGAGUAUACGUUUUUGGCGCCUUGGUGGGACGAAAUCUCCAACGAGGCGAAAUACUGUGUUUCGCGUCUUCUUACCGUCGACCCCAAGCAACGUUAUACUAUCAACGAACUUUUGGAGGACCCAUGGAUGCAAAAGGCUGCUGCCGGCUUCGAGCAACCCAGACCUCCUGUUCCACUCCACGCACAAGCACGUUUCGCCCGCUCUGAGGCUAUGUACUCGCCUACCGCGCUGGCUCUCCGUGACGCUUUUGAUAUCUCCGCCGCUGUGCAUCGUGCUGGAGAAGAAGGUGCAUUCAAAAACAGACGCAUUCUGACGGUUGCGGAGGAUAGUGUUGCAGACAUCAAUCUGCCGUUUUCUUUGAAUUUGGGCGGUGCCCUGAUUCUCGGGCGCCGGAAGAAGACUGUCGCCGUUCCGAGUUAG